AGUCUGCACGAGCAUAAGCAAGCUGCACAUCUAACGCCUUUAUACAUGGUCCUUGGGCUCGAACACUGUAAAGAGAAGUCUGCCGCCCAGCAUGACGCUGAACGAGCGGGAAACGGCGCAACUGCGUGCGGCACUGCAGGAUGCCGUUGUCAAGUGCUCAGAACGAUGUUUGUAUCAGUCCGCGAAGUGGGCGGCCGAGCUUUUGACCUCCAUACCCGCUGCAGACAAUGCAUCCGAGGCGGAAGAUUCCCAGAUGACAGAGGUCCCCCUUGAAGGUCUGCCGCCAAUCGUGGUGAGUGGAAACCUCGACCCGGAAGAAGCACAUCUUGAAGCCAGAGAAAUAAAUCAAUAUCUGUUGGCAAAGUCAUUCUUCGAUUGCCGAGAGUAUGAACGAUGCGCAGCAGUUUUCUUGCCAGACACCGUGUUGUCAGGAAUACUCUCGACUGCAUCCACAAAGGUAAAUCAAGGAGCAUCGAAUCCCCUGUCCAAAGGCAAAGCCAAGGUCUCAUCUCGAACUUCCACAACUGGAGUUACUUUGCCAAGAUUGAGCCAGAAAAGCUUGUUUUUAGCCAUGUAUGCUAAGUACAUGUCUGGAGAAAAGAAGAAAGACGAAGAUAGCGAGAUGGUCAUGGGCCCUCAUGAUGGAGGAAACGUGGUCAACAAACAGCUGGUAAUAAUUAGUCGGUUCCUGGAAGCGUGGUUCCAUGAGCACUCAGCCGAGAAUGGCGAGGUUGUUGGCAGUCAGGGAUGGCUGGAAUACUUAUAUGGUAUGGUGUUGGCGAAAGACAAGAGUAACGAAGCUGCUAUGCAGUGGUUGAUUCGAAGUGUUCAUCUCUACCCUAUGAAUUGGGGUUCUUGGUUGGAGAUGACAUCUCUGAUAAGCCGUGUCGAAGAUCUCAAUCGUAUCUCGCCUCUUCUUCCUCAAAAUAUCCUCUCUUAUAUAUUCCACCUCCACACUUCCCUCGAACUCUAUCAAUCGACACCUUCACUAUCUAUUUCUCUCAAUCAACUACUGUCAAUCUUCCCAACUAGUCCUUUCCUGCUUACCUGCCUGGCGCUUCUAGCCUAUCAUACGAAAGACUUUGUGUCCGCCGAUGCGCAUUUUAGCAACCUCCUGGCACUGCACCCUCACCGACUCGACUGUCUGGAUCACUAUUCUAACAUCCUUUAUGUUAUGAAUCUGAGACCCAAGUUAUCAUUCCUAGCACACUUAUGCUCCACAGUCGACAAAUUCCGACCAGAGUCGUGUGUUGUAAUCGGAAACUACUACUCCCUGCUAUCCUCGCAUGAGAAGGCUGUGCAAUAUUUCAGGCGCGCUCUUACACUUGACAGAUCUUGCCUCAGUGCAUGGACGCUCAUGGGCCACGAAUACAUUGAGCUGAAGAAUACCCACGCUGCCAUAGAAUCGUAUCGGAGAGCUGUUGACGUCAAUCGGAGGGACUACCGCGCCUGGUAUGGCUUGGGUCAGACAUAUGAAGUUCUGGAGAUGCACGCUUAUGCCCUGUGGUACUACAAACGAGCCGCAGGGCUACGUCCUUGGGAUGGCAAAAUGUGGAUGGCAGUAGGCUCGUGUCUACAGAAGAUGGGACGGGACCUGGAAGGUAUCAAAGCACUGAAACGAGCUUUACUGGCUGAUAGUUAUUAUGAUGCCGGUGUUGGCAGCUCUUUUGGUAGUGGCGGCCGUGAUCGGGGAGGUGCUAUGGAUCCUGAAAUUCUUCUCCAGAUUGCUGGUAUGUAUGAGAGAUUGGGCGAUAAUGGAGAGGCGAAGUCUUAUAUGGAGAUGUGUGUUGCUCAGGAAGAGGGCACGGCCGACAACUUGGACACGUCCGUGAUAAACAUACACGCAGACUCAACAUCGUCUGAUGACGACUCUCGGCCUGCUGCUGCUAGUGGAGGAGGUGACACAGGCACCGGAGUCACAGCAGCAACUUCGAAAGCACGCAUGUGGCUUGCAAAGCAUGCUAUGAGGAUCGGAGACUAUACCCGGGCCAUGCAAUUAGCGACAGAAUUAUGCCAGGAUGGCGUCGAGGUCGAAGAAGCAAAAGCAUUGGUACGGGAAGUCCGUGUAAGGUUGGAGUUUGGAGUUGAUGGAAAUCCUUGAUUUGGAAUUGAGCAAUGAUACCCAUGGUUUUUGAAGCAUUUACUCUUUCACAGGACGCUUUCUCCUUGGGCAUGCAAUAGACCUCAGUCCCGUGAGUGGAACGGCCGUGGAGUCUGAAUUGAGCCCAAGCGCUAAACAAAAUACUAUUCUAGACACCGAAUUUAUUAUUCUGCAGAAAGAUGUAGUAGG